CUAAUUUCCGCGCUAUCAGUGGUCUCAUAUACGUAGCUCGCCAACAGUAGCCGCUCUCCGUUGAAGCUGCAUCAUGCUACGAUUCAGCGGAUCGAACUGGUUUACCAAACCACACUCGAGGCGAAAGAAGGUGAAGGUAACGUUUUCCGACCAACUCGACUCGGACGGGAGCACCAGUUCCAGCCCUGCAACGGUGAGCCCGAGCCCCUCGUCGCAACGGUCCCAUUUUCUGGAAAACUUUUUCGGAUCGUCCAAAGACGGCUCAUCUGCAAAAGGGGUCCCCAGCGGUCGAUCGGCAGCGACGAGUGAGUUGGAUCGCGGUAGCAGUUUGCGGCACAGUCUUAGCGCGGGCGUUACUGGUUCGCCUGGUGGUCCCUACAAUCGUCGACCACCCGCGCAACGGAAAGUAGGCCAAAGGAUGGCCGACUGCGAGAAAGAGGAAGCAUCGAACUUGCAGGUGGAAUUCGAGUGGGUGCUGCACGAGGAGGUCCAUUCGGUGUUGAAGCAACUUCACGCCAUCCUGGUGGAGUGUGCCCACCGAUUUCCGGUUCCGCUGUACGGCAACGAAGGCAAAAAGCAGGACAAGUUCGUGUUGACUGCCGCCCCGGAGCAGCUGAAGUGCGUCGUAACGCUGACCGGUGAUAGCAUAACGCAUGCGGAUAUCAACUUCAAAGUACAACGACAGCAGCAACAGAUACAGCGCACCUCGAUCACGCAGGACUACCCGUGGAAGAUACAGCAAGUGCAGGAUGCGGCCAACCAUUUGCAGCAAGCGAUCAACCACAUUGACAACGUGGACAGCGCGUACCACUUCAAGACGUCCGAUGAGGUGCUCCACGUGCUGGGCAACAUCCUGGGAGCACUGCAGCGGGGCCGCACGUCGCUCGUGGUGCCGCGCAAGAAACCGAUCGAUGAGCUGAUGAAGAGCCGCAACAUGAAAGCCCUAUCGCCAAACCUGCCGGAGGAUCUGGCCAUCAGUUUCUACAUUCAGAGCCACAAGCUGAUUUUCGUGGCGUACCAGCUGACGAACUUUCAGGGCACGAUGAAGUUCGACUCGUGCCAGGCAGAAUGCUCGGUCCCAUGGCUGAACGAGGUGCUGGUACUCUUUACCGUCGCACUGCAGCUUUGCCAGCAGCUGAAAGAUAAGAUAUCAGUAUUCUCGCAGUAUAAGGAUUUCACCGUUGGUUCGCGCUCACCGUCGGCUCUUUCCUACUGAUGCCGUGCUUCGUGUGCAUCGUACGUGCCGUGCCCAUCGUAGACAGUCGCAUUGACCGUCCCAGUCGCGUUCGCCGUGGUUAAACCACCGUGUGUUCAAAGGGCAACAUAAACAUUGAAAGAGCCGUAGGAUGUCGGUACUUACGACCGAGUCAGUAGUCGCGCGAUCGAUUCGCGUUUGUGUGAAGUGCGGCUUUAUUCACGCGUGCCGCCGUUUGUUGAUGCAUAUGUUCAUAUUCCAUGUUUGUUAUCAAUUCAACACAACCGUUGUUACUAGCAUUAGGCUAAGGAAUUAAAAGGACAAGUACCAUGUGGCGCCAUCAUCUUUCAGCAGAAUCCUCUCGCUCUCUCUCUAUGUGCCUAUGUGCCAUUGAUCGGAUGUAUAGACGCCGGAGGUUAAACUAACAAUGAUCGUACCCUGCAAAGCCCCAAAUGGUUUCGUUCGACAUACCAUCGACAUUGGCCGCGAUCGGAUGAUAAUCAUGACAAAAGAAAGGAACUACCAUUCAGUCACAUUCUUAGCGCGAAUAUUGUUCGACUAAAUGUACUUUGUUUCCGAGUGUUGGACGUCAAACUAUGCUAGGGAAGGAAGUUGGCCCCUUUUCCCGGCAUCAUCGAAAACCCAUGCAAAUAGUAGAACGCCAAAACGAGGGCAGACAAACGACCGAUAGGUCCGCAAAUCGUUCGCCGGUUUAACUGCAAGAAUCGUCCCAUUUCGGCCUACGGUAAGCCAAUGAAUGAUUGGUUUUCACGCUGUAAUAUACACAACACCCAACAUGUGAUAAUAUGCCAGAAACCCAGAACAAACGUUGAUCGUAAGCAAACUGUUCACCGGGUUGCGUUUGACUGACGGCGGCGGAGUGUCGUUGGAUUAGCUUGAAUCUCUGCUAACUGAAAAAAGCGACGAGAACGGUACGAAAGACACAGCUUUUCGCGUGUGGAGGCCUUUUCGGUGAAGCAAUCAAUGAUCAGUUAAAUUAAACAAAAAAAUUACCGUUCGUAAGACAAAAUUAAAAGCUUUUCUACAAGCACCCGGUAGGUGAAGCGUCACGAGACGCACUGAUUAGCUAGAAUACGCACAUUUUAAACUUCUCUCCCGUUGAUCGUUCGUCAAUUUGUGGGUACACUAGUGCGGUGCAAAGAACGAUGCUUAGAUUUUAUGUUGCAGGUUGGCUGAGAGUGUGCGCAUUUUAUUUUGCCAUUCAUUGUUUAUGUUUUAAUUUGUUAAUCGAACAAAAUAGCAGUGUACGCAGAGAGAGAGAGUUUUACCGUGCCCUUGUUAGCGAUUAAAACCUUCAAUAAAUGUACCUACUUUAAAUGCAUUUCUUGAGGAUCAGCAGUUUUGUUUAAUUUAACCAUUCGUCUAAUCAAGUUACUCUUCUUACAACAACGGUCAUGAUCGUAUCAUAGAAACAAUAUUAGAAUACGCUCUACACCUUGGGCGAUUGACUUUCCACUAUUCGAACGGCAACACGUGUAGCGCGUGUAUUCAAAAACAAAAUGAUCUCAUUACACGGUGUUUGAAAUUUGAAAAGAACUGAUUUGUUGCGUCGCUAAAUGGAAGAUGGUUGAAUGAAGCGAAACAAAAGAUAAAACUACGGCAAACUGUUUUUAAAACAAACGUAAUUAGAAUUAACAUUGAACGUCAAUUGCUUUAACAAGUUUUUAAUAUUUUACUUUGUUCCACUGUGAACAACGUUUGAUUUGGCUUUUGCUCGUUAGUAUUCCUAACUAAAACACUAAUCACUGGGAGUGCAAUAAUGAAUUGAUCCACAUAUAUAUAUAUAUAUAUGUGUGUGUGGUUGUUUCAUCAUUACUUACGUCAAACAUCAUCCGAAGGGGUGUUCAAAAUACUACCCACUAAAAAGCGAUCAUCAAUACAAUGUAAGAGACGAAUGUUAGGCUACUGCAGCUCACAGUCUCUAUAAUACACUAAACCAACCAAUUAAUAAAAUGAGGAAACUUGAGGACAUUAACAAGAGCCCAUGGUGAACCGAUUGUAGUUGCGGUACAUUUAAUGUUUGCUGUCCGGUGCACUAGUUCAGUUAACUGUGGUUUAAACUCCUGACGGUCACAAGUUAAUUGCGGUGUUUCUUCGGUCUGACAGACGUUCCUUAAGUCAGCUAAAAAAUCGGCCUUCAAUUUCAUUUAAUGAUGAAAAGUGAAAACAGUUAGACCGGGAAGCAAUAAACGGAAAUCUUUCGGCCCUUUUGGACGACCAGUGCACCCUUUUCAUUUUGACCAAAAGUUAGUAAAUUAAAACAAAUAAUAACCCUAAUCGCAGCGGAUACGCAAAAAUAAAGACAAUAAUAACUUGUAGGAGAGCAGUGAAAAGACACAAACAUUGAGAAUCGUUGCGAAGUCUACAGCAUUUUCAGUGUUGGCGGGUAAAGCGAAGGCCAAACUUGUAAGCGGAUGAUUGAUUGCCGUGUUGUGUAAUUCGGGUUUCUUUAGAAAGUUAGCCGACAAAAGCCCAUCAUAAUGAGUCGAGAAAAUGAGAUACCGAAAUGAUCCCAACGUAAACGAGAAAAGUGAAGCAGUCGGCACAAACAGAUAGCCUCUUCUGCAGUUUCGCAUAAUGCGGCCACACUAGGCGGGCGCUGUGUGAAAAGUGCAUUAUUUAGUUGACGACAUAAAACAAUAUGAAAUGUAUCGCAUGGCAUCGUUUGACCGCUGCGCCGUAGCAAUAAUAAUGGAUACAGUUACCAAGAAUGACUAGAAAUAAUCCAUAGCCGAAAUAACAGGGACAUCAUGUUGUGCGUGUUUUUUUUAAUUGUACCAAUCUCGCGGAGGUCAGUGCC